AGAGAGGAGAGUUGUACAUCACUUCCAUUCUCUUCUCUUCUUCUCUCUCAUUCAUUCAUUCAUUCAGAGAGAGAGAGAGAGAAAGGAAGGACGGACACACUGAAAAGUGAAAACAGAAGCGAAGCUAAGUGAAGAAGAAGAAAAAGGGGGCGAGAAAAGCAAGGGAACCUUCCCUUAAGACUCUCUCUCUCUCUUAUAUACAUUUGUCUCUCUUUCUCUUCUCUUCGCUUAUACACUCACCUCACCAACCAGCACCGCACCGCUACAACUCUCUCUCUCUCUCUCUCUCUCUCUCUCUCUCCUUCCUCCAUUUCUUUCGCCACCAUGAUCUCCUCCAGCUCAUGCUCCUUCCUGAGCAACUCAGCUGUAGCUGGGUCUCGCAGCUUCUGUGGUGGUGCGAGGAAGGGUCAUUCGAGUCCUUUCAGGGUGGUGUGUUUGGCUCCAAGCAAUGACAGGAACGGAAGCGUUGUGUUAGAUUCUCCCGCGAAGAAAGAGCAGAUAAGAAAUGAACCAACAUCGCCGCCUGCUGAAGAGGAAACAGUCUCUUCCGGUGGCCCUCAGGAUGUCUACGGCGAGGAUAAGGCCACGGAGGAUCAGUUUGUUACCCCCUGGAAUGUCUCUGUUGCUAGCGGUUAUACAUUGUUGCGAGAUCCCCACUUCAAUAAAGGGUUGGCCUUCACUGAGAAGGAGAGGGAUGCUCACUACUUGCGAGGUCUUCUUCCCCCGACAGUUAUUCCGCAGGAAACUCAGGUGAAGAAAAUGAUCCAGCACGUUCGUCAGUAUCAAGUUCCAUUGCAGAAGUACAUGGCAAUGAUGGAUCUUCAGGAGAGGAAUGAACGGUUGUUUUAUAAGCUUCUUAUUGAGCACGUCGAAGAGUUACUCCCAGUUGUCUAUACUCCAACUGUUGGUGAAGCUUGCCAGAAAUACGGAAGCAUCUUUAUGCGUCCUCAGGGUCUUUAUAUCAGCUUGAAAGAGAAGGGGAGGAUUCUUGAAGUACUAAGGAAUUGGCCUGAGAAGAACAUUCAAGUCAUUGUUGUAACUGAUGGAGAACGGAUCUUGGGUCUUGGGGAUCUUGGUUGUCAGGGAAUGGGAAUACCAGUUGGAAAACUUUCUUUAUAUACAGCACUCGGAGGAGUUCGUCCGUCUGCCUGUUUGCCUAUCACCAUUGAUGUGGGAACAAACAACGAGAACUUGUUGAAUGAUGAGUUAUAUAUAGGGCUCAAGCAAAGACGGGCGACUGGGCAGGAAUAUGCUGAACUUAUGCAUGAAUUUAUGAGUGCUGUCAAGCAAAAUUACGGGGAGAAAGUCCUCAUUCAGUUUGAAGACUUUGCGAACCACAACGCAUUUGAUCUACUUGAAAAAUAUAGAUCAACCCAUCUUGUUUUCAAUGAUGAUAUUCAAGGUACAGCAUCAGUCGUCCUUGCUGGACUAGUUGCAGCUCUGAAAUUGGUUGGGGGCAACUUGGCUGACCACAGAUUCUUGUUCCUUGGUGCUGGAGAGGCUGGCACUGGAAUUGCAGAACUUAUUGCACUUGAAACAUCAAAACAGACUAAUGCCCCACUAGAUGAAGUGCGCAAGAACAUUUGGUUGGUGGACUCAAAGGGAUUGAUUGUCAGUUCCCGAAAAGAAUCGCUUCAACAUUUUAAGAAGCCAUGGGCCCAUGAUCACGAACCCGUUCAUCGACUCGUAGAUGCUGUUAAUAAAAUCAAACCAACAGUGUUGAUUGGAACCUCUGGACAAGGAAGAACUUUCACUAAAGAAGUUAUUGAGGCAAUGGCUUCAAUCAAUGAGAAACCUAUCAUUCUUUCACUUUCCAACCCAACUUCACAAUCAGAAUGUACUGCUGAAGAGGCUUACAAGUGGAGCCAGGGCCGCGCCAUUUUCGCUAGCGGAAGCCCAUUCCCUCCGGUUGAGUAUGAAGGAAAAGCUUUUGUGCCUGGCCAGGCCAAUAAUGCAUACAUAUUCCCCGGAUUCGGUCUUGGUUUAAUAAUGUCCGGUACCAUUCGGGUCCACGACGACCUCCUUCUCGCCGCAUCGGAGGCUUUGGCUGCACAAGUGAGUGAAGAGAACUUUGAGAAAGGACUGAUAUACCCUCCAUUCACCAACAUCAGAAAGAUUUCAGCACACAUUGCUGCCAGUGUUGCUGCUAAGGCUUAUGAGCUUGGGUUGGCCACUCGCCUUCCACAACCCAAGGAUUUGGUUAAGUUUGCUGAGAGCUGUAUGUACACCCCAGCCUACAGAAGCUACCGACAACAGGAAUGAAUGAGCAUCCAAUCCUUGUGAUGAAUAAAGGAGGCUUUCUUGGAAAUACUGGCAAGAAUUAAUUGUAUUACGCGUCGUGAUAAAUUAAAUAUGUUUUGACUUGUAUGGGAAUAAUAAAUAAUUUGCAACACUUGUGUUCCCUUGUGAUGAAUUAAUAGUAAUUACUAAUUAGCUUUC